UCUUCUCCGCCAGGCAGCGAAGGGGUUAAAAGCAGGAUCUGCUCUGACUGAUCAUUUUCAGCGAGGCUGUGCGAGCAGGACCGCAUGAGCAACUGCAGCAGCAGCAGCAGCAGCAAGCAGCAGCAGCAACCGGCUACAUCAGCAGCAAACCUUUUCCUUUCUCUUUCCUUUGGACUUUUACCAAUCGGCUCCUGGGAGCGGAUCCGAGCAGCCGCUCUGAAUGAGAAGGUCGUCUCCUUGGGGUUCUUUUCAAGUAUCUUAAGCCUAUAUCGAAAUGGCAACGAAAAUUGACAAAGAGGCGUGCAGAGAAGCGUACAAUCUCGUGAGGGACGACGGCACGGAUGUCAACUGGGUGACGUUUAAGUACGAAGGAUCCACCAUCGUCCCAGGGCACCAUGGAGCCGAUUAUGAGGAGUUCAUCAGGCAAUGCACAGAUGACAUUCGGUUGUUUGGCUUCGUCCGAUUCACCACUGGCGAUGCCAUGAGCAAGAGAGUCAAGUUUGCCCUGAUCACAUGGAUCGGUGAGAGUGUCAGUGGUUUGCAGAGAGCCAAAACCGGGACAGACAAGACUUUGGUUAAAGAAGUAGUACAGAAUUUUGCCAAAGAGUUUGUGAUCAGUGACCACAAGGAGCUGGAUGAGGAUUAUAUCAAGAGCGAGCUAAAGAAAGCUGGGGGUGCCAAUUACGAUGCUCAGGCAGAGUAAUGGGGGGGGGGAAUGCACUGUGCCUCUCACAGCCACCUGCCUGCAUCCAGAAGGGGAGGGAGGGGGGAAAAGCACAAUGUAUCUUCAAAAUCAACACCGGGAGAUGAAUGGAGGCCAAGUGGGAGGACCAGCCUCCUUCGUCUUCUGCACCUUGAGAGUCCCUUCCUGCCUCCCAAAGUGGACAUUGAUUUUUCAUUCCAUCCAGUGAAACAUCUCCUUCAUACAUGAUCUCUCCUUUUUACAUUAUUGGGUGUUUUGUUUUUUUUAAAAAAAGAAAUUAUUAUUAUUAUUAUUAUUAUUAUUGCUUAUCUUUUGCUUUUAACAAGUGCUACAUGGGUACUGGGCUCCAUAACACAUUGGCUCUGAGACUUUCUUGACAACAGAGCAUGUUGACAUGUUCCAAUCUCAAUAUUUUGGCUGAUCUGUUGUUGCUCUGGGAAGCCUGCAGUUGCAGCAUAGGGUGAAAAUAUGCAUUUUUAGUGAUUUCACACUCGACCUUCCAACUCCCGGACAGAAGUGUUCCCAGGAGCAGUGCAUGCAGUUAGUUAGGCACAGUCUGAUCAUAUGCACACUUACUCGGAAGUAAAACUCAUUGUGUUCAAUGGGACUUGCAGUGCAAAUCUGUAAUUGUCUGCUCAGAAGUAAAUCCCAAUGUGUACAGUGGGGCUUACUCUUAGGAAAGUAGAAUUGUAGAGUUGGAAGGGACCCUGAGGAUCAUCUAGUCCAACCCCCUACAAUGCAGGAAUAUGCAGCUGUCCCAUACAGGGAUCAAACUUGCAACCUUGCCAUUAUCAGCACAAAAUUCUAAGCAGGAAAGUAGAUAUAGGCAGCAAUUCUAAGCAAACUUUAUGGGGAGUAAGCUCUAGUGAAAUCAGCGAGACUUCGGUUCGGGUGAAUACAAUUGCAGCCUUUACUGUCCUAUAUGGAACAUGUUCUACUGAGUUCAGUGGGUUUUACUCCCAAGCAAGUUUGCAAACGAUUGCAACCUUACAGCACAAACCUAAACAUGUUUAUUCAAAAGUAACUUCCUCUGAAUUCAAGAAGACUUAUUCCUAGGCCCGUGUGUAUAGGACCUCAGCUUUAGGCAGCAAUCCUAUGCACACUUAAUUUACCUGGAAGAAAGCCCCAUGACACAGCGGCACUUACUUUGGGAUAAGCAAGCAUAGGCUUGUGCUAUUAGCAAGUUAGGAGGUUGGUGUUUUUUUGUUUUUAAAGUACAUUUUGUUCCCCAAGUCUCAGAUCAACUCAAGCCAAUGCCAGUCAAAAUCACAUGUUGAAUCGAAAUAUCCAGAAGUGUUGAGUUCUAGUCAUGAGAAGACAUAAAUCUAUAUUUCAGCUUUUAAAGGAACAAGAAGAAAUAUAAUUUGCCUUAACAAAAAUGCUUGGCUCUGUGCGAUAUAUAUGGGUUCUCCCUCUCUUUUAAACAAAGUGCUUUGUUUUUAUUGGAUUUUUUUUAAAGGUUUGCUAUAAUAGCAGUAAACAAGGAAGAAGUAAAAUAUCUCCUCUUUUGAUUGUA